GGGGCGGGGCUUGAGUGGAAGCACCUGUUUACCUGCUUCAGUUCAGUUGAAUGUGAGAGUGACUAAAGGAAAGGGUACAGCAAACAGGUGAUCAAACCGCUGGAUUUUUUGGAUUAUUCUCUGAUUUUGGUCGCUGUAUCGAAAGGUUUUCUGCGAGACGUUGACAUUUGGCUAUGAUCAGACACUGGAUUACCUUCAGCUCACCGUUGGCUGCAUUAUAUGUUGUUGCAGUCUGUCUAAAUCAUGCAGGCCUCUCCAUGGCCAUAAAAGUGACAUCCACAGGGUCACAGACUGUCAAGAAAGCCCAGGGUGAGAGCCUUACUGUGGGCUGUACCUACACCGUAGACCCCUCCGUGGAUGUCGGAGAUCUGGACAUCGAAUGGUCACGUGUCAGUCAAGACAUGACCCAGAAAGAUCAGCUGAUUUUAACUUACACCGGAGGGAAACAGCACGAAUAUGGAGAGUCAGGACUGACGAGCCGCUUUAAAUUUGUUGCCGACCCCAGCCUCGGAGACGCCACGGUAACCUUCACCUCUCUGCUGGUCUCGGACACGGCCACGUACCAGUGCAAAGUCAAGAAGGUGCCGGGCAUCGACUCUAGGAAAGUCACCGUGGUGGUGCAAGUUAAACCCUCACCUCCUAAAUGCUGGGUGGAAGGCGGCGAGGAGAAGGGCUCGACUGUUUCGAUGCGAUGCAGAUCCUCACACGGUACGGCUCCUCUAAUGUACACAUGGACGAAAGAUACUGGUACCCUGCCACCGACCGCAAUACAAAAUUCUCAAACUGGAGAGAUGCUUAUCAGAAACCAUAGCGAGAGCUACACAGGGAAAUACCUCUGUGAGGUCAGCAAUGAGGUUGGCAAGGAGCAAUGCACAUACACCCUUCAAGCAUACAACCCAACCAAUAAAGUGGGAGUGAUCGUGGGAGCUGUGAUUGGUGCUUUACUGUUGCUUCUCCUCCUGCUUUUGUUACUCUGGCUCCUGAUUUGCUGUUGCCACAAGCGGCGCUAUGAAAAAGAGGUCGCCAAUGAGAUCAAGGAGGAUGCCGACGCCCCUGAAAGUCGACCUGGAAGCCGAAACACCAGUUUCCGUUCAAUGCUAGGCUACCGCGCACAUCCCGGACUACGUUACAAUUCGGUCCGGCAGGCUGAUAUAAAACGGGCCGAAUCCGGACUCAGCAGUACUUACACCGAACGCAGCAGAGCUCAAAGGGAAGCAAGCAUGCUAGCCGAUGAUCGCAGACCCCCGCUCCGAUAUGACAGCAAAUUUGGAUACCCUGUAUAACCACCGAUGUCCUCCAGGAGGCGCUGCACUGAACAGAUUAAGCUAAAGGUGCAAUACCGCGCAAGGCCAUUGCGAGAUAUGUGAACAUUCAAACUGCACAGGGGAAUAUUUUUACAGUCUUAAAUUUGGAUACAGUUCAGGAUCUUGAUUUAAUAUAUAUGCAUUGUAUAUAUGUUUUUUAUGUAUUUUUGUAUGAUUUUAUUUGUCUAAGCUUUUGCAUAGCUGGAUGUUUCGGUGAAAUUGAAAGUAAUUGCUGAUGGUCAGUUGAACAUUGAUUAAAAUAACAAAUCUAUUUAUAAGAAUAAAGUCAGUCUUUUUCAAUUGAAAGUCAAA